GCCGUCGUUUAGAGACUUAUUACUUCUCCCUAUAAAAACUAAACCUCCCCAAAUCUCCCUCACGCUCAAAAAUUCGAAACAAUAAAACUGAAAACCCCUCGCUGCUGCUCUUCCUCCUCCUCCAUCCCGACAGGUCUAAAUGGCUCGUACUAAGCAAACCGCUCGCAAAUCCACCGGUGGCAAAGCUCCUCGCAAACAACUCGCCACCAAGGCUGCAAGAAAGUCUGCUCCCACCACUGGCGGUGUCAAGAAGCCUCAUCGUUACCGUCCUGGAACUGUAGCUCUCCGUGAGAUCCGCAAGUACCAGAAAAGUACUGAACUCUUGAUCAGGAAGUUACCUUUCCAACGUCUUGUCCGUGAAAUUGCACAAGAUUUCAAGACGGAUUUGAGGUUUCAAAGCCAUGCUGUUCUUGCGCUUCAGGAGGCUGCAGAGGCCUAUCUUGUUGGUUUGUUUGAGGAUACUAAUCUUUGUGCUAUCCAUGCCAAGAGGGUCACCAUCAUGCCUAAGGAUAUCCAACUUGCCAGGAGAAUUCGUGGAGAAAGGGCCUAAAGGUUGAUGUUUUAUCGUUUUGGUUCUGUUUGUUUGCGUAGGUGGUCAUUAAUGUGUUUCUACUAUCAGGUCUACUGUGCUAUUCUAAUAUGAACUGAUGUAUUCUAGUAAUUUAAAAUUUGCAUUCCGUGUGAUUUCACUUUAUGUUUAAUAUGAAGCUAUGGUAUUAUGUUUUUAA